AUGGCACAAGACGAGAGUCCUUCCUAUGGACAGAAUCUGCUGAAGUGCACUCGCCCAGGAUGUGGAAAAAGUUACACCGAAGCAGAAAAUGAUGAAGGAAGUUGCAUUCAUCAUGCGGCAAUGCCGAUCUUUCACGACGGCGUGAAGAGGUGGCCUUGUUGUGAUGCAGAGGCCUGGGACUGGACAGACUUCAUGGCAAUUAAAGGUUGUUCCGUCGGCAAGCAUACAUAUGUGAAGCCUUCCAGGCCUCCACCAGUCGCUGCCUCCCCUGCACCAGCGCAGCCUGAGGUUGUGAAGGAUAUCGAAGAAUUUAACCGGCGACAAAAGGAGGAGGAGGAGGCAAAGAAACGCCUGAAGGAAGCAGAAGCGUCGAAACCACAAACUCCUCUGGUGACUCCCGAAGGGAAUUACAAAUGCAGCAACAAGGGAUGCAACAAAGAGUACUCGCCGAACACAAAUUCACCAACGGCCUGCAAAUAUCACCCUGGGCAACCAGUGUUUCGGGACUGCAUGAAGUCGUGGACGUGCUGUCAAGCGAAGAGUUACGAUUGGGACGAAUUCAUGAAAAUCGAGCCCUGUCAGACAGGGCCGCACAUCCCGAAAAUGGUUCCUCAGUCAUAG